GGGCCGGUCGUGCGCGUGCGCCCAGGCGCGGAGCGGGGCCGCGCGCGGGCGGUAAUCGCGCGCUGUCUCGACAGCCAUGUCGUCGGAGGGGACGGAGCGGGCCGCGAUGGCGGUGGUGAACGACGGGGCGCCGCCGAAGCAGAGCCUCCUGAACUACGUGGACAUCGUCGUGGUGGUGGUGUACUUCGGACUAGUGAUGGCCACCGGAAUAUACUCAAUGUGUCGUCCAAAUCGCGGCACGGUCAGCGGGUUCUUCCUGGCUGGACGCAACAUGAGCUGGCUGCCGGUGGGCGCAUCACUCUUCGCCAGCAACAUCGGUUCGGAGCAUUUCAUCGGACUGGCCGGCUCCGGCGCGGCCGCCGGGAUCGGGGUCGGCGCGUUCGAGUUUAACGCGAUUAUACUAAUUCAGCUGCUGGGGUGGAUUUUCCUGCCCGUGUUCCUGGCGAGUAGGGUUGGCACAUUACCGGAGUUCAUGAAGAAACGGUUCGGAGGUUCCAGGAUCCGGGUGUACCUGGCCAUCUUGUCCCUGAUACUAUACAUCUUCACCAAGAUAUCGGUGAACCUGUACUCGGGCGCAGUGUUCAUCCAGCAGGCACUGCGCUGGUCGAUCUGGUGGUCAGUGCUGCUGAUCCUGCUGGUGACCGUGCUGACCACCGUGCUGGGCGGCCUGGCCGCCGUCAUAUACACCGACACGCUGCAGUUCUUCAUCAUGAUCAUCGGAGCGCUUGUCGUCAUGGGCAAAGCAUUCUCCAUGGUGGGCGGCUACUGGGAGCUGCAGGAGCGCUACAUCCAGGCCAUCCCCAGCGUCACCGUGCCGAACACCACGUGCGGCCUGCCGGCCACGGACUCUUGGGUGAUGCUGCGGGACCCUAUCAAUUCGGAUAUGCCGUGGCCCGGCUUCAUCCUGGGUCAGACGCCCGCCUCCAUCUGGUACUGGUGCGCCGAUCAGAUGAUGGUGCAGCGGGCGCUGUCGGCCAAGUCGCUUUCGCACGCCCAGGGUGCCACCCUGAUGGCCGGCUACAUCAAGAUACUGCCCGUCUUCAUCAUGGUGCUGCCCGGCAUGAUCAGCAGGGUGCUCUUCCCCGACGAGGUCGGCUGUGUGGUGCCGGAGGAGUGCAAGAGGAUCUGCGGAAACGCCGUCAGCUGCUCCAACAUCGCCUACCCCAAGCUGGUGCUCAGCAUCAUGCCGCAGGGCAUGCGCGGCGUCAUGAUCUCGGUGAUGCUGGCCGCCCUGAUGUCCGACCUCACCUCCAUCUUCAAUUCGGCCUCCACCCUCUUCACCAUGGACGUGUACGGUCUGUUCCGGUCCAAGACCUCUGAGCGGCACAAGAUCAUGGUCGGCAGGCUGUUCGUGUGCUUCAUGGUGCUGAUCAGCAUUGCAUGGAUUCCGCUGAUCGACAAGGCGCAGGGUGGACAGCUGUUCCUCUACAUCCAGUCCAUCUCGGCUUACCUGGCGCCGCCCAUCGCCGCUGUCUACACCAUGGCUGUCCUCUGGAGACGCAUGAACGAAGCGGGCGCCUUCUGGGGACUGAUGAGCGGCUUCAUCGUUGGCGUCAUUCGGAUGGUGCUGGAUUUCGUGUACAUGUUCGACGCGCCAAAGUGCUGGGAGACUGAGGACACCCGGCCGGCUGUCGUGGCCAAGAUGCACUACAUGUACUUCGCGAUGCUGCUGUUCUGGCUGACGGGCGUGGUGGCGGCGGCCGUGUCGCUGCUGACCGAGCCGCCGGAGCACUGGCGCGUCAUCCGCACCACCUUCUUCACCCGCUUCUCGGAGGAGAGGCGCCAGGAUGAGGCGGCGCCGGCCGAGCCGGCCGACACCGACAAGUUCGCUCUGGAGACAGACGAGCUGGACCGUCCAGAGCCGGCCGUCUGGCAGCGGGCCUACAACUGGAUAUGCGGCUACGAGAGCGCCGCGGCCGAGAAGGCGCACGCGGCAGAGCUGCAGCGCCACCUGCUGGAGGUCAGCAGCAUCCGGCAGCCGCGCCGCCAGCGCGUUCUGCUCAACAGCCUGCUGGUGGUGGUGCUGGCCACGGGUGUGGCGCUGCUAGCCUUCUUCACCGUCAACCCGUUCCCGGAGGCCGUGUACCGCGAGGUGCAGACCAACAAGCUGCGCUCCAUGGGCUACCCAUCCCCAUGGCCGGAGGAACUUUAGCCGGACCGCCGGCCGCGCGGAGCCGCGGAUGCCCGGCAGGCCCGACGACGUCAUCCGCCGUCACGUCCGGUGCGGGAGUGCCCCCUGGCAGCCGAGUCGGUGCCGCCCGCGCUCCGUCGCGUCGAAGGUCGCUGAGCUCCUCCGCGGGAGCCGCGCCGCGCCAGCGCUGUCCCCCUCGGCUCCGAUAGGCGGGCCCACGCCACUUGCUGUCGCAUGGCGACUGCCUUACUGCAGUGUUGUUUGCCGGUCAUUGUGCUAGGCUGCGCGCUCGUUACCCAUUGCCUCUGUCGCGC